UGAAUAGGACAAAAGCUAGAUAUGAAAAGUGACCAACAGAGUAUGGAGUGGCAUAACGAAAGCAGGAGAAACGAGAAAGAGAAACGACCAAAACAGUGAAUGAAAUCUUCCAUGUUAAGCCAAACCGCUAAGCAACGUGAAUAACACAACACAAAGGAAGAAGAAGGCGCAUACAAACAAAACAAUGGCUUCCACCUUUUGCAGUUCUUCAAUUGCCCUUCCUCAUUCUUCAAUCCACUCUCUCCAAUCCCUUCCCACUAAUUCGCUCUCCCAAACCACUGUGCAGAUAUAUGGGCCCAAGUCUUACGGAGGAUUUGGGUUUCUCGCCGUCAAGGGAAGGUCUCCGUUCCCAGUGGCGAGUGCUGUUGCCGCUCAAGUUAACGCUUCAGAACAGGCUCAGAAGAUUUCUUUUAAUGAAAGCCAGAGGCCAGUGUAUCCAUUUUCUGCUAUAGUGGGGCAGGACGAAAUGAAGCUUUGUCUUCUCCUAAAUGUGAUUGAUCCCAAGAUUGGAGGUGUAAUGAUCAUGGGGGAUAGGGGAACAGGGAAGUCAACAACUGUUAGAUCAUUGGUUGAUUUGCUUCCUGAAAUCAAGGUUGUUGCUGGUGACCCAUAUAAUUCAGACCCCGAAGAUCCUGAAUUCAUGGGUGUUGAAGUGAGAGAGCGUGUGUUGAAAGGAGAGCAGCUUCAGGUUGUCUUCUCCAAAAUCAACAUGGUGGAUUUGCCAUUGGGAGCUACAGAAGAUAGAGUGUGUGGGACAAUAGACAUUGAGAAGGCUCUCACUGAGGGUGUAAAGUCCUUUGAACCAGGCCUUCUGGCCAAAGCUAAUAGGGGAAUUCUGUAUGUUGAUGAAGUUAACCUUUUGGAUGAUCACUUAGUUGAUGUAUUAUUGGAUUCUGCUGCAUCAGGUUGGAACACGGUUGAGAGAGAGGGCAUAUCAGUCUCUCAUCCCGCUAGGUUUAUCCUAAUUGGUUCAGGCAACCCUGAAGAAGGAGAACUUAGGCCACAGCUGCUGGAUAGGUUUGGAAUGCAUGCUCAAGUAGGGACUGUGAGGGAUGCUGAGCUAAGGGUGAAGAUUGUAGAGGAGAGAGCUUGUUUUGACAAAAACCCAAAAGGAUUUCGACACUCUUACAAGGCUCAGCAAGAAAAGCUCCAGCAACAAAUUGCCUCAGCAAGGAGUUUUCUUCCUUCUGUUGAAAUUGACCGUGAUCUCAAGGUAAAAAUCUCCAAGGUUUGUGCAGAGUUGAAUGUGGAUGGAUUAAGAGGAGACAUUGUGAUAAACAGAUCUGCAAAAGCUCUUGCUGCCCUCAAGGGGAGUGUCAAAGUAAGUGUAGAGGAUAUUGCCACUGUCAUUCCCAACUGCUUGAGGCACCGUCUUCGAAAGGAUCCCUUGGAAUCGAUAGAUUCAGGUUUACUUGUCCUGGAGAAAUUUUAUGCGGUUUUCCGCUGAACGUGGUACAACACGGUCUGUCUUUUCUAGGGUUUUUUCAAUAUUUUGCCACUUAGUUUUUUACAUUUUAGCCUUUUCUGUGGGGAUGAACACGAACGAGAUGUUGUAUAAAAGCU